AAAAAAUCCCAAUUUUGAAAAUCAAGGCUAAUUUUGCUUUAUACAUUUUCUGUAAAGAAUAGAAGUGUUUACGUGUCCGCAGCUCUUAGGCGUCCGUAGUGAAACAAGCAAAACUACUUCCGGGAUAAGAGGACGAGGUUUAUUCAGCUGCGGGUAGUGUGUUGUAGCUCUUCAAAUGGCACAGACAGAGAGGAGAGAUGCUCCUGAGCUGCCUGAUUUCUCUCUGCUCAAAAGACUAGCCAGAGACCAGCUCAUCUUCCGGCUGGAACAGUUGCCAGGAAAGAAGGAUUUAUUUAUUGAUGCAGAUUUAAUGAGCCCUCUUGAUCGAAUAGCGAAUGUCACAAUACUGAAGCAACAUGAAGUUGAUAAGCUUUACAAAGUUGAGCUCAAGCCGAUUGUCAGCACUUCAGAUCAGCUGUGUUUCCUGAUUCGACCCCGGAUACAAACCGUAAAGUGGAUUUCAGAUAUAGUUAAUUCAGACAAGGCAGCUGGAAGAUUCAGAAAAUAUAAGAUCAUAUUUACCCCACAAAAGUUUUAUGCAUGUGAGACGGUUUUGGAGGAGCAGGGAGUCUAUGGAGAUAUUUCAACAGAUGAGUGGAAUUUCUACAUUCUUCCUCUGGAUGAUGACAUCCUGAGUUUAGAGCUGCCUGAAUUCUUCAGAGAUUACUUUCUGGAGGGGGACCAGCGCUGGGUGACCACUGGAGGAAGUGCACUACAUCUUUUACAGUCUGUCUAUGGCUCCUUCUCAAAGGUUUAUGGGAUAGGCAGAUGUGCCAAGAUGGUGUAUAAAUCCUGGAGGGAGCUAAAGGAGGAUGGGGAACAGAGAACAAAGCAACCUGAAUUUGCAAAAGUCUUUCUUAUUGACAGAGAUGUGGACUUUGUUACUCCUCUCUGCUCUCAAGUUGUUUAUGAGGGACUGGUCGAUGACAUUUUCAGAAUUAAAUGUGGCAGUGUGGAUUUUGGUCCUGAUGUCACCUCCUCUGACAAGAGUAUCAAAGUGAUGCUUAAUUCUCAAGAUAAAGUGUUCAAUGAAAUAAGGAAUGAACAUUUCUCCAAUGUGUUUGGCUUUUUAAGUCAGAAGGCCAAAAAUCUUCAAACAGCAUAUGAUAAACGGCGGGGGAUGGACAUCCAGCAGAUGAAGGCAUUUGUCGCUGAUGAACUGAAAGGACUGAAACAAGAACAUCGUCUUCUCAGUCUUCACAUCGGUGCAAGUGAAUCCAUGAUGAAGAAGAAAACAAAGCAAGAUUUCCAGGAAUUGUUGAAAACUGAACAUUCAUUACUUGAAGGUUUUGAAAUCCGUGAAUGUAUCACCUACAUUGAAGAACAUAUCAACAGACAGGUGUCAAUGAUUGACAGCCUUAGACUUCUUUGCCUGUUGUCUCUCACAGAAAACGGACUUCUGUCAAAAGACUAUCGUUCUCUUAAAGCUCAGUACCUUCAGAGUUAUGGUAUAGUACAUCUGCUGACAUUUGCAAACCUGAGACAGCUGGGUCUGCUGGUAGAACAGCAGCCUGGAGAGACACUAACAGUCAUGGAGAGUAAAGUGGGCAAACUUGUCAACGACAAGACUGUGGGAAAGCUAACAGAUGCCUUUUCAUCAUUGGCAAAGAAGAGUAAUUUUCGAGCUCUGAGUAAAAGACUGGCUCUGGUACCAAAGUCCGGGGAAGAAUAUGAUCUUCGCGUUCCUCGAGACAUGGCAUAUAUCUUCAGUGGUGCUUAUGUUCCUUUGAGCUGCAAGUUGAUUGAACAGGUGUUGGAGAGAGAUGGUUGGACAGGUAUGGAGGAGGUUACACGCAUGUUAAAUGGACAGGAGUUUGCUGGAUCAGGUGGUGGAAAUAGUUCAGAUGCCAGGACCAAAACUGAUGGUCAAAGGAUUAUUCUAGUGAUGUUCCUUGGUGGCUGCACUUACUCUGAGAUCUCAGCACUCCGGUUCCUUGGCAAGGAAAGAGGCUGCAGAUUCAUAGUGGUCACUACAGCCAUCACAAACAGUGCCCGGCUUCUGGAAGCAUUACUGGAUAACCACUGAAGUUUGAGUCUGAAACAACAUUCCCCAAGAUUAUCCAUUGUGACCAAACUUCAGGACAGAUCGGAAUAUGUCCUAUUAAUCCUGGACAUCUGUAUCACCCAAGAACAAAUAUUACAGUCAUAGGUGAUGGUCUAAGGUUUACAGUUAAAGGUCAGCUCAAAUUGCAUUGCUUCUUAAAUGGCAUCAGAAAGGUGUCACCUUAAUACAGGAAUGCAGAAGUAGCAGAAGUGGGAUACAAAAUUGCACUUUAAAACCCCUGAUUUCAGAGUGUGGCAUGCACUGUAAUUACUCAUUUAAGGCUGAACAAUAAACAGUGACUGUUUCAGGUGCA